CGUUCACAUCUUUGGAAAAUUAAUUAUUCUCUCGAAUUGUUCGCUCGAUUCGAACAAGAACAAUGAAGACGUUUUGUGGUCGGGCAAAUCCGACGACGGGAGCUUUGGAUUGGGUGGAAGAAAGCGAAGAAUAUGAUUAUCAUCAAGAAAUUGCGAGGUCUUGCUAUGCAGACAUGCUACACGAUAAAGACAGAAAUGAGAAAUACUGCCUGGGCAUCCGGGCCGCUGUAAAGAGGGUGAAGGCGCGUGGGGAACGAGCCGUAGUUUUGGAUAUAGGCACGGGGACGGGCCUGCUGUCUAUGAUGGCGGUCACAGCAGGAGCAGACUACUGCUAUGCCGUAGAGGUCUUUAAGCCAAUGGCAGAGGCCGCUUCCUGCAUAGUGAAGAAAAAUGGCUUUGCUGAUAAAAUCAAAGUCAUUAAUAAACAUUCAACAGAGGUUACAGUGGGACCAGAUGGAGACAUGGAGACGAGGGCAAACAUACUGGUCACAGAGCUGUUUGAUACUGAGCUGAUUGGAGAGGGAGCCUUGCCCAGUUAUGAACAUGCCCACAUGCAUCUUGUUCAGGCAGGCUGUGAGGCAGUGCCACACCGUGCCACUGUAUAUGCCCAGCUGGUAGAAUCAGAGUUACUGUGGAGCUGGAAACAGUUACAACCCAUUCAGGUGGACGGGCACACGCUGCUGCCCCCUCCCGCUGUGGGCGCAUGUUCGGGAGCACCCUCUGUCUGUGAUAUACAGCUCAGUCAAGUGCCACCUCACACCUUCACCCCACUCGGGCCCCUCUGCACAAUGUUCAGUGUGGAUUUCAGCCAACCUGUCAGUAGUGCUCCACAGUCCUACUCCACCAGGUUUGUGGCCCAGACCGCUGGCCGAGCUCAGGUGGUCCUCUCCUGGUGGGACAUUGAGAUGGAUCCCAGUGGCAGCAUCGUCUGCACCAUGGCACCCAGCUGGACCUACCCGGACCCCCGCUCCUAUCCUUGGCGUGAUCACUGGAUGCAGAGUGUUUACUUCCUGCCUGUGGAGAAAACAGUGAUGGAGGGAGAUGAGCUCAGCCUCACAGUCUGCCAUGAUGACUACAGCCUCUGGUUUAACCUCUCUCACAGUGAACAGAGUGGGAAAAAGAAGAUCUCUCAACGGCCGUGCUGUACCUGCCAGGCCCACCUGGUAUGGACACGACCUCGUUUCGGCGAACUGAACGACCACCAGAGAACAGAGCUCUAUGUCAACGCUCUACGCACUGUUUUGAAGCCAGACAGUGUUUGUUUAGGAGUCAGUGAUGGAAGUCUCCUCCCUGUCUUUGCUCAUAUGCUCGGUGCUAAAAAGGUGUUCAGUUUGGAAAAUACUGGCAUGUCAAAGCAAAUGAUGGAGCAGGUUCUGGAGGCUAACUCACUGGUGGAUGGGGUUCAACUGCUGGGGAUUCGGUCCGAGCAGCUCACUCUAAAUGACCUUGGCGGUGAACAGGUGUCAGUGCUGAUAGGAGAACCCUACUUCAGCACCAGUCUCUUGCCUUGGCACUCUCUCUUCUUCUGGUACUGUCGCACUGCGCUUGCUCAGCUUCUCCAACCCGAUGCAACCGUUCUGCCCCGUUCUGCCACGCUGUAUGCCGCCGGAGUAGAGUUUCAGGAUCUGUGGAGAAUCAGGGCCCCAUGUGGUUCCUGUGAAGGUUUUGAUGUUACCCCAAUGGAUGAGAUGGUACAGAAAUCUCUAGAUUUCCGUGAGUCACGUGAAGCAGAACCACACCCUCUGUGGGAGUACCCCUGUCGAGCCCUAACCAAACCAGUCCCCGUCAUGAGCUUUGACUUCCAACAGUGUGUUCCUGACCAGCCCAUCUGCAGCCAAGGAACUAUGCCUCUUCUGAGAAGAGGCCGCUGUCAUGGGGUGGCCUUGUGGAUGGACUACCAACUGACCGAUGACAUCACCGUCAGCAUGGGCCUAUCAAAACCUGUCAGUGACGAGGGUGCUUGUGAAUGGAGUCGCCAUCGAAAGCAGGGGGUGUAUUUCUUCAGGUCGGCAUGGGAGAGUUCAGGAGAUGGGAGGGCAGCUGUGUCUUAUGACCUAACCUUUGAACCCAGAGAUGGUGACAUCAAAAUGGAUUUCACUGUUACUUUGCCUUGACUGACCCUGAAGGCCAGGAUUCAUGAAAUAAGUCAUAAGAGGAUUGAUUUUUUUUUUUUUUAAACCAUACAUUCAGUGGUUUCCCCAAAGAAUUCUAUU